CAAAUUGUGGCCUUGAGGGCAAACAUCGGAUUGUCUGUCUCACAUCUGUGUUACUUGUAAUUUUCUUCGUUUACUUCCGUUGAUAAAUGCUACUCACACACCCAGCACAUUAACGACUUUUAUGUUAGACGUAGACCUACCAGAUCUGACAGCCUCGAGGCUGCACGUUGUAAUCUAUAUUGGUCAACAUUAUUUAAUAGUGUCUUCGCAAAUAUAUUUAUUUGUUUAUUACUCAGCCUUUGGGAAGAUUUGUCAUUCUACCCAUCUCAAAGUAUCGAAUAAUGUUCGAAGUAUUUGGUGGAGCAUUCAUCAGAAUGACUGUUAAGCUCACUUAUAGAGAGCCUGUAAGAUUUAUGGGAAGCCUAAACAAAGUUCUUUAUCCAUGGAUGAAUCGAAAAAAGCCAUUUUGGGUUACUCAAGAGGCUAGUCCUUAUGUAGAUGAAGAUAUUACAUCAGAAAACAAGACAUUUUUAGAACAACAGCGUAUAGAUUCAUUAACCAGUUCUACAAGCCCCGUCGUUACUGAACAACCGGCACAGGUACCAUGGAAACCAUAUGUUACACAAAGAUGCGGUCUUAUUGCAAUCAAGCUAGGAUUAUACCCACUGUGGACUAAAACUGGAAAGAAAAUCGACUGUACUAUUUUCCAGAUCCCUGACAAUCAUGCUAUUCGUUAUACACCUCCUUCAGAGAUCAACAAAUACAUCAGCCUACUACAUCCACGUCACUAUUGGCUAAAUAAUAAACGGCCUCCUUCCUGGAUAACUCAAAAACGUUGGGGUAUACAAUUGGUUGGAGCAGUUUCUGCUGACCCUAUCGAGUUCACUUCUGAGUGGUGUGAUUUAUUUAAAAAAGCUGGUAUACCACCAAAGCGUAAAAUAUCUCGUUUUUUGGUCAGCCCUGAUGCUGCUUUAAAACCUGGAACGCCUUUGAGUGUGCAUCAUUUUCGUGUAGGUGACCGUUUGGAUAUAACUGCAAGAACGUAAGUUGCUCUUUUUUAGAAAUUAAAUUUCUAUGUUUGUGUAAUUUUUUGCUGUUCAUAAAUUUUUCAAAAGCUGUUUUGUCAGUUCGAAACGUAUCAGUCAGUCUUAUUUCAUAUGGUAUCAAACUACUUUAUUUAUUUUUCAACACAUGAUUAUUUUCUUGGCUUGAAUGCAUUAGUUACUUACUAAUCAUUCCAUAAUACAUUGACUUGCGCACUCAAAUUUGAAUCUUAGUCACGAGUUCGAACACCAUCCCUUUACCAAGAGCUCUUAACAGCUUAAUUGUAUCAUGUGACCAUCAGAUACCAAGUGUAGUCAUAGUGUUUAGUAGAUCAACUUGUAUUUAAUUAGCAUGUUGGAUGUAUCCACCGAAUAAUUUAAGGUGGUUGGUCUGAGGUAGAGAUUAAUCUGCUGUCAAGUAAUAACUGCUUUUCAUCAGUAAAUCUGUAUCUACCUUGAAGAUGAGCUGUUUAUUACAGAGAGACUGGAAAAAGGUGUACUUUAGUUUGGUAAUAUCAAUCCACUCAGCCAAGACAAGAACCUAGAACAGGAGAGUAAGCGAAAUAGUUGACAAACCAUUAAGGGGGAAAAAGCAUUUCACAUUAGUUAACAUUUUAAAAACUCAAAUGUAAAUUAGCUGAAAAUCGGAACUAAAAGUUAAGUGAAUAUAGUUUGAGGUGUCUUAUGACAUUAAAUUUAAGUGUAAUUCACCUUAUAAGCUACUGACGUUCAACAUGAAGUGAAAUCCAAUCCAAACACCACUAGCUAGAUUGCAUCAACACAACAUUUAGUCAAAUUUAGAGCUUCAGUCCAAUUUACCGUGUUAGAUUGUUAAUUAUACCACCAUAGCCCUUCUAUCUCAUAAACAGCAACAAAUACAGGUGAAAACAGCCAGUUUAGCAGCAGGUCUCAACAUACAUAAGGGAAAAGGCAAGAUCUUGGAAUACAACACAGAAAAUACCAACCCAAUCGCACUUGAUGGAGAAACUCUGGAAGAUGUAGAAUCCUUCACAGACCUGGGAAGCAUCAUCGAUUAACAAUAAGGAUCUGAUGCAGACGUAAGGGCAAGGUUUAGCAAAGCAAGGACAGCAUUCCUACAAUUGGAAAUCAUAUGGAACUCAAAACAACUGUCAACUGAUAUCAACUUCAGAAUCUUCAAUACGGACGCCAAGACAGUUCUACUGUAGGGAGAACUACCACAACCAUCAUCAAAAAUGCACAAGUAUUUCUAAACAAUUGUUUACAUAAGAUACCGAAUGUUUGUUGGCCGGAUACCAUCAGCAACGGCCUACUCUGGUAGAAAACAAACCAGCUGCCAGAUGAAGAGGAAAUUAAGCAAAGACAAGAAGUGGAUCGGACACAAAUCAUAGAGAUCACUAGAAUGCACCAUGAGAGAAGCACUAACUCGGAAUCCUGAAGUUAAACUGAAAGGCGGAAGGCUGAAGAGCACAUCGCUUUGGGGAUUGGAAGCAGAAAUGAAAAGAAUGAAUAACGACUGGGAGGAACUGUAAAGGGUUGCUCAGGACAGGGUUGGAUAGAGGGUGUUGGUGGGCAGCCUAUGCUCCUCGACAGUCAGUCAGUCAGUAACAACGUAAAACUUCGUACGUACGUACAUCAGUUCGAGUUGCCACACCACAUUAGCAUAGAGAUGCAGUGGUCGACUCAUAUCCCGUAGUGGUAGAGGUAAUAAGAGUAUAAGCAGUAAUCGGGAAAAUUAGUGUUUGGAGAUGUUAUUUAAAGGGUAUAAUACAGUGAAAUAAAUUUGGGAAGAGAAAAAAAAGACAAGGAGGAAUAAGGAGAUCAAAAUUUGGGAGAACACAAAGAGUUUAUGCACCUGCGCCAUUGCAAACGAUUUUGAGUCAUGUCAUUCAGGGUCUCUAACCAUCGGUUGCUAUCAUCUCGCGGUCCCCAACCAGGUAGUCUACACCUACCGACAUGACUCAGACCACUUGUCAGUGACUUCAUGGACUUGUGCCAUGUUUUAGUCUGGCCGCCCCUACCUUUCUUCCAACCUAUACCACUGAACAUCGCACGUCGAGGCAGUUGGUGGUUGGGCAUACGUAACACGUGUCCAAGCCAUCUCAACUGAUGAAGUUUCACUACGUCAUCAAUUGAUUUGCCAUCCUUAUCUAGUACCUGUUUCCUAACAACUCCAUUACUUACUCGAUGGUCCCAGGAUAUACGGGCAAUAUUUCGAAGACACCUAUGAUCAAAUACUAGUAACCUACGAAUAUCCUCUACUCUUGCCGGCCAUGUUUCACUGCCAUAAAGUAGGACGGAACGAACUGCUUCGCAGUAAACCCGUCCUUUGGUUGAUAGACAGAUAUCUCGCCUACGCCAUAAAUGACGCAAGUUGGUAAAAGCUAGUCGAGCCUUCUAUAUCCGUGCUGAGAUUCCGUCACACACCAGACCACAAGGGCUGAUGAGACUUCCAAGAUAAGCGAAGCGAUCGACACGCUCAAUUACUUCACUCCCUAUCACUAGUUCGGGUGUCAAUGCAACCCAAUCCUGAAGCAACAUUUUACAUUUCGAGGGGGAGAAUCGCAUCCCGAACAUGCUUGCAUUGUUGCUUAGAGUGGUCAAAAGACUCUGCAUUUUUCGGCGCCUUCACCAAAUAAAACUAUGUCAUCUGCAUAUUCUAAGUCAACAAGUGAACCUCCCGGUAGAAGUUCAACCCCUGUAAAUUUAGAUGAGGAGAGUGUUAUCUCUAAAAGCACAUCAAUGACAAAGUUGAACAAGAAUUGGGAGAGUGGACAGUCCUGACGAACACCACUUGAGGUAAUCAAUUCUGAUGACAGUUCGCCAUAAGCUCUCACUCUACCAGUUGUGUUCGAGUAGAGAGCCUGUAUAAGGUUAAUGUACUUCUUUGGUACUCCUUUCAGUGACAAACACUACCAUAGAACCUUACGAUCAACAGAGUCAAAUGCCGCCAAGGGGUAACAAGCGUAAGUAAGCUUUAGUUCACAGUCAUUUUCUUACUAACUUGUUCAAAUUAAGUGAUAAUCAUAUAAUGGAUCGAUAAAUGUGUAAUCUAAAAUACUACAAAAUCGAAUAGUAGCUAAAAAAUAAAACUAAUAUAUGUGGAAGAAGUGGAUAUUACGUUAAUAUACUUGCCGCUCUUUGACUUUGUAAAAAUGUGUAAAUCAUCUGUAUAUAUGUAAAUGAAGAUCAGCUGUUACUGAGUCUUCUUAUUUAGAAGAUUUUUCUUUGCUGGUAUAUACUGAUGAUCUUAUCUAAUCAUGUUUCCCUCAACAUUUUUACAUCGCCAAUUUGUAUAAUGUUAUAUUUUUCCAUUGUAUAAUGUAUAUUAACAAUGUAGACUUUGUUGAUUAUGCCUAAAUUUGUUUCAGUUAUCAUGAGAUCAUUAUUUUCUACAUAAUCGAAUUAUUAACAAUUUAUUUUAAAGAAAUAACUGUCUUUAAUUAACUAACUAGUGUGACAGCAUUGUAUUGUUGUACUGUUUUUCCCCUCAUAAAACAGUAGCAAUAUUAAACUGCUAUCUGAAUUGCAAAAGAUAAUGUCAAACUAUUUGUGUACUUACUUGUUACGUUACUUACGCCUGUUACUCCUCGUGAAAGGGCAUAGGCGCUCACCAGCAUUCGCCAUCCAACCCUGUCCUGGGCAAUCCUUUCCAGCUCCUUCCAGUUCUUAUUCAUCCUUAACAUAUCUGCUUCUAUUUCCCGACGUAAUGUGUUCUUUGGCUUUCCUCUUUUCCGCUUCCCUUCAGGAUACCAAGUUAGGGCUUGUCUCGUGAUGCAGUUUGACGAUUUGCGUAAUGUAUGUCCUAUCCAUUUCCAUCGUCUUUUCCUAAUUUCCUCUUCAGCUGGAAGUUGGUUUGUUCUCUCCCACAAAAGGCUGUUGCUGAUGGUAUCCGAUCAACGAAUGUUGAGUAUCCUGCGUAGACAGCUAUUUAUAAAUACUUGUACCUUCUUAAUGGUGGUUGUAGUAGUUCUCCAAGUCUCGUCUCCGUACAGUAGAACUGCCUUGACGUUCGUAUUGAAGAUUCUGACUUUGAUAUUGGUCUGCAUCACAUCCUUAUUGUUCAUCGAUGAUGCUUCCCAGGUAUGUGAAGGAUUCUACAUCUCCCAGAGUUUCGCCAUCAAGAGUGAUUGGAUUGCUGUUCUCCGUGUUAUAUUUGAGGACCUUGGUUUUCCCCUUAUGUAUGUUGAGGCCUACUGAUGCAGAGAUUGCUGCUACACUGGCUGUCUUGAUCUGCAUUUGUUCGUGUGUAUGCGAUAGGAGGGCUAGGUCAUCUGCAAAGUCCAAACCGUCUUAUUGGUUCUGAGCUGUCCAUUGUAUUCCGUGUUUUCCCUCAGAUGUCGAGGUCUUCAUAAUCCAGUCGACCACCAGAAGAAAGAGGAAGGGAGAGAGUAGACAGCUUUGUCUGACUCCAGUCCUUACUUGAAAUGCAUUUGUCAACUGUCCUCCAUGCACUACUUUGCACUGUAGUCCGUCGUAUGAGUUCUGAAUAAUGUUGACAAUCUUCUCAGGAACUCCAUAGUGUCGAAGAAGAUUCCAUGAUGUCCUCCUAUCUACACUGUCAAACGCCUUUUCAUAGUCAAUGAAGUUGAUGUACAGUGACGAGUUCCACUCAACUGAUUGUUCGACGAUGAUCCGUGGUGUCGCAAUUUGGUCUGUGCACGACCGAUCCUUACGGAAUCCAGCCUGUUGUUCUCAAAGUUGGGCGUCUGUACAGUAAUUACAAUUUACCUACUAAUUUUAAUUCAGUAUCUUUCUUCUUACAGCACUAAUCGUGGCUUUGAAGGUGUUAUUGAACGUUGGGGAAUGAAAGGCGGACCUGCUGCUCAUGGUUCUACUAAAUUUCAUCGUAGAAUGGGAAGUAAUGCAGGAAUUGAAGGAGUAAUCCCUCGAGGCAAACGUAUGGCAGGUGUUAUGGGUAAUCGAUUCAGAAGCUUACGUGGUGUAAUGGUAAGCCAAGUUCUGUUUUUUUUCUAAAACAAUUUACAGAAUCUUUUAUAUAUUUGUCUCAUGACUAAGUAUAAGGGAUUGUGGAGAUAGUUGACCUGAAUAUCCUGAGUUUGAUUCCUGAUGGCUUCACGGGUGAACAUUAUUGAGGAGUCUAGUACUAAGACGAAACAGUUAUCCAGUGCUUCAUGGCUUUCAUUGAUUUUGUAAUUAAGGUUAGUCCGUGAUGUAAACUUUAAGGAUAUAACUCAGUUUGAGGUAAUAUAUAUGGUGAAUAUUAAAAAAGACAAGAUGAAUGUUUUCAGAUGAACCCCUUUUGGUGCUUCUGUUUUAGAGGUGUUCUCAGGAUUUAUGAUAAUGUGCAUGUUUUAGUAUGUUAAAAUGAUGAGCUGAAUCCUGACUGAUAGGUAGAUAGUGCAACAGUGGUAGUGUGGUUGGGUUUUAAGUGCUCACGAAACCUAAUUAUUAACACAAACUAAGUCACCCAGUCACCAGUAAAACGAAAACUUGACGAUUAGGCUUGAUUCCUGCCCGCUAUUUCAGUAUCUUUAUUUGUGUACCAAACGAUAUCACUUAGAGAAAUACUAGUCACAAAACAGUCAACCGGAUACAGCAAAUAAAUCUUCACAAUCACUAAUGUCUGCGUAAAAUUAGGGGCUAAUAAACGUCGAUCGUAUCCAUCACUUAUGAUUAAGUUAACAAUUAUGGACUACAACUGUAAAGCAGUCUCUCGAAAUGACUUUCUAAUUAGUUAUUGAUAAAUAGAUUUUAAUUUCUGUUUAGAUUAAAAUUAUUAUUUAUUUUAUUUAAUCUUAUUUUCGACGUCCCUCGACCAUUCUGAUGGUUUGAUUUAUAUGUGGUAUCUCCUCAAUGAUAGAUGAACUUGUAAAUCAAGUGCAGUCUUAGACGUUAGUGAGAUUUCUAUUUCUAAUCUGUGAUUCUAGUAGAAAUUUCCCAGUAUCCUGUAUCAGGUUCUACGUUUAUAUAGGAAGUGAUACUAAUGCUAUUCGACUAAUUAUUAUAAAAUAUAUAAUCCAGUGUCCAUUUAAAGUAGAACAUCAAUAUUUUGUGACUGAACAGCAAGCUCGGCGAUGGUUUGUACAAAUUUAGUUCUAGACUUUUGAUACUUGUAGUCCCUUUGAUAAAUUUGGAUAAUGUAGUAAGAAGACGGAGAUUACUAGAACUAUGUGAUAUAUUAGUGCCCUGGUACGUCCGAGAGUGGGGAGAGUCCGCUCUCCCUCUCGAAAUGCUCUCACACGGCCACGCGUAUAUAGCCUCUGCCAGGGAAGUCCUACUCACUGCCUUCUCGUGGCAUUACUGUUGUUUGCGAAAAUGAGAGGACGAAAAGCGAAUGUCCGGCGCUUUAACCGGGUUCAAAACCAAUGGUGCACAUGGGCUCCAGUAUCCUGCGGGAACAAAUGGCGUAUGAACCAAUUGUUGGUCACUGGCCUCCAUGGGACUGCAUCUCCUUACGAUGCUCCACUGCCUUGUGGAUCAGACCUUCAGGUCGUAGGCUCGGGGUGUGGCCCCCUAAGAUAACCACCUUCUUUGGUUUGGGCACCCGGGCAGUAUCACAGCCCUCACACAUGUCGAAUGAGAUUUGUGUGGCGCAUAUGUAUUUGGUGCCUCUUUGUACCAUUAUCUAUGUGUUGACAUAAAAUAAGUAAAUAAACAUGAAGUGAUGUUGAACAGAACAUUGACGAAACAUGGUUAUCAUUUAAAAUUUAUAAAUCGAUGGAAAGGUCAUAGCAGAGUGAAACCUACUACAUUUCUGGCUCAAAAAACCGUACGUACAUCACCCUACCGUUCAGUGGUGAAUUAAAUAGCCUUGUAUUAAAACAAAAGCUAAAAUCAGUUGUUAGCAAAACGUACCACGCAGCAAAGAUCAUUAUUAUGGUAAUAAUAAGGUUCAUGCUCCACUAAAAACGUGAAAUUUCGUGUCUCUAGGUAGCUACAUAAGUGCUGGUGGUGGCGUGAGUGAUGAGAUCGAUUCACGUAUAGUGAAAACUAGAGCGGCUUAUGCCAGUCUGGGUCAGUCUGGCUGUAAAAGGUCGGAUCUAAAACGCGUUGGUGAGAGCAGUUCUGCUCUAUGUUUGUGAAAUCUGGCCUCUCCGAGUUAAGGAUGUUAAACGACUCUCUGUGUUCGAUCAUCGUUGUUUCCGAAGGAUUGCUGACAUCCAGUGGCAACACCAUGUUAGUAUUGCAGAGGUUCGGCAUCGUGUGUUCGGGCACAGAGACGAUAAUGCAAUUGGUGUCACCAUCUUGAAACAUCGACUUCGGUAGCUUGGACAUGUUCUACGAAUGUUGUCCCAGAGAAUUCCACGUCGUGCAUUAUUUGCCGACUCUGGGACUGGUUGGAAAAAGCAGAGAGGUGGUCAGUAUAUGACAUGAUGUCGUGGCAUGAAAGAAGACUGCAAAGGACUGUCUUGUGUUGGUCCUUCUCGAUUCCCUGGUUGGGGUCCGAGAGAUGGUGCAACGCAGUGGCUAGAGACGUUAUCAGAUAUGCCUCAGAAUAGAAGCCAGUAGUGAUCCUGCUGUAACCUUCUUUUACUUUCUUCAUAAAAAGUGGUUGUGUUCUCCUUAACUGAAAGAAUUCUUUCUGAUUGUACCUUUUCGUUCCCCCAUUUUUACCAUUAUUAUUACACUACCAUACAGUAAUCUGUGGUCGUUAUCGUUCUUUUUUUUCCUUUCUUUCUUAUACGCACCUUACAUUGUUUUGUGUGGGGCAUAUAUAUCUGGUACCCUCUUGUGUCAUUUUUUAUGUAUUCAAAUAAAUAAAUAAAUAACACAAAAACAAGACUGAAUAUGUACACGUGUUAACACUUAAUAAUACAUGUUACAGUGCUUAUUACACGUUGAUUGUGUCUAAUAUUCUAUUCAGUAAGUACUUUAUCAAUCUGAAACAGUAAUACACUAUUUACUAUCCACUGUUUUGUUGAUUUUCUUAACGUUUACCACCAUCACUCCCACUGCCAAUGAUUAUAUUAAUCAACCCCACGUUAUGAACUUUUGCAUUCUUUGUUACUAAAAGGUAUUGCAUUCGUUGUCCGAUAUUACUCUUUUUUUGAUAAAGAUGAGGAUGUUUUUUUAGUGAUUUUCAAUUAUAGAUUCCAAUUCACAUCCCUCCCAAUUUUCGAUUUAUCAAUAUAAAUGAUUAUACUACACUUUACACCGGGUAAAAUCUACUGUAUAUUGUGCAAACAUAUAUGUCUGAUUAUUGUGUGUUUGUGAAUACCUUAGAUCAUUGAUGCAUAUCACCAAGCUGUAUGCACUAUAAAAAUGUCCUAAAUACGUCUGAUUUUUCCAGUAAAAUUUAUUUAGUCUAGUAGUAAAUAAUAUCUAACAGUAAAAACUGUUUUGGCUUCCUCUGAUUCUAUAUUAUAAGAUUCUAAAUCUCAAUGAUCAAGCAAUUCAGUUACUUUGAAGAUAAUGUGCUCCAAUAUGUUAUUGUGAAUUAUGGUUUUAUAGACCUGCAGAAAUAGUAUGGAGCUUAGCAAAUAAUCACAGGAAGAAUACAACGAACAAUCACUUCUAUCAUUCAAUAUAUGUUAACAUUUCAUUGUUGGUAUGACCUGGAUACUUGAGCCUACUGAUUAGGUUUUUAGAUGAAGUCUUUAUAUUAAUUAGUAGAGACACUAGGUUCUAAGUUCGAGUUCCAUUUUUGCCUAAGCAGUCAGGUAGUAUCAUUCAUUGAGCACAUGAAUAUGUGCUUAGUAAGUAAAUUACAUCACAUUAUACUCAUCUAGCUUUGUAAUCAAGUUUGUUUAAUUCGCAUUAAAUUUCUAGGUUUUCUAGAUUACCUGGUUACGCUUUUUGUAUAGCACUAUUUGAAUUUCAAGUAAUUAUGAAAAAUUAUCAGAAGCAGGAGGUCUGUACUCUUUUGGUAGUGACUUAUCAAAAUUGCUCGAAAAACGUGUACAUAUAAAUUAGCAAUUGAAACUGGUAGAUUUCUAGCAGAUUCUAUCAAUAUCAGUCACCGUUGGUUCGUUAUAGAGCUAGUCUGUUUGCCAUUGAUCGAGGAUACAUUCCAUCUAUGCGAUCAACGACGUUAUAUAUUACUUGAUAAACAUAAUCUCUUUGGCCUGAGGUUGUUCAAUUGAUUUAAAUAUCCAUAGUUUCCGAACGAUUGCUCCCAUCUGUUAGCAACUAAAUGUGAGUUUACAACAAGGUUAUGUAACCCCAUAGAUAAUAAAUUUCAAAUGAAACCACCUGAACUUUGACGUAAACGUAAUGACAGAACUGUUUCAAAUAUAAAAGGAAAGUGAUCAAGUAGUUUUUAAGAGCACAAGUAUAAGCAAGUAACUCAGCUUCCAAUUAAAUGGGAAGCUUACUUGAACUAGGACCUAAUACGUUUAUUAGUUUUAUUCUAUUGAACUUGUUAAGAAUAUAUAUAUCUAUACCUUGAGACAGUUUCUCGUGCUUUUUUUAUAUUCUCGUAUAUUUAUUCUCUCCAGAUUGUGAGGAUUAAUCCAAAACUUGGACUUAUAUAUGUAACAGGUACAACACCAGGGCCUGUACAUGCCUACUGCCAUUUGAACGACUCUUGGUUAAGAAAUCGUCGACGUGAAUUAAUUGCUAAUCCACCACCAGUCCCAACUUAUUUUCCUCCCUCUAUAGUAGAUGAAACUAAUUCAAAUCAACUCGAUCCAAGCUUGUGCCUUGAUGUUGAUGAUGAUUUUGAACAAGAUAUUUACCAUGAAUCAAUACAUCCAAGUUAUAGUCCUUCCAUUUCCUAUUCAGAAGACUCUAUUUGAAACGUGAUUUCUCUGUUAUAAGAAUGUACAUACAAUAUACCUUCAUAGUUUCCUUUUAAGUUUUUUGUUUACUCAAACUUCACUGGGCGGUUAAAGUAUUGUAUGGGAACGAAAUUAAAACAAUCGCGAUGAAUUUUCAUCUACUUCUCUAGCCAAUCAGAAGGCAGCUUUUAUAAAUGGAUAGUUUAUAGAAAAGAAAACAAUAAUAUUGCAAAGCGUGGAGAGAUUUUAUACGAUUACUUAGUCUAUUAACAUCUACAAGUUAAUCUGCCUGUAAAUAAAAAACAACGAACUCGUCCUAAUGGAUUUAGUUUGUCCAUGUUCUUUAACACUAAUAUAGAUCCAAACAGAUCUUUAAGUCUCAAAAUCAUUCCUAAUUAGGAUCAGAGUUACGGUUUUCAUCACGAAAUGACAUCACCUAUCACAUAAAAAUGCACUGUGUCCGUGUGCAUGAGUGGACUUCGCUUAAAAAAAUUUAGGAGAUGGUAUCUGUUUAUUUCGUCCAUGAAAUAUAGUUUCACUAGUUAAAGUCUUUAGAAUAAAUGGUACAGGAUUAGGAACUAGAGGCACUGUAGAUAUGUAUGCCGUGUACGAUCUAAAGAGACGAAAUGAGACAUUCGCUAUAUUUAGCAUUGUCAUUCUCACUCUAUACCCUCAAAAAAUAACGUUUCACAAUCAUUUUACUCACUUUGCUACUAGUUAGCAGAAGAAUAAUGUGGAUAUUGGACUCUCAAAUACUGUAGUAAGUAUAAGAUUCGAUUUAGACUUGUUGCAGUGUUUAUUAUUGUUGGUCUAUAUUUAUGUUCAACCUUUUCAUCAUUACCCAGUUGAUGGUUUAACUAAAUACAAGCUACGUUAUGAAGAUAUACACUGGUCAGGUACUUGUAGUUCUCAUUUUGUUAGUGUUAAGUCAGCGCUAAAUCUCAAACCAGAGGAGUGGCUAUGAAAGUUGUACUAACUGAUGAUUCUAUAGCGGCAAAUAAAUCCCCAAAAUCAAUAGCUCUUUAUGUCUUCGACAUUGGAUGCUGACCACAUUCGUUUUAAUGGACUCACCUAGCUGAAGGCGCUCGGUCACGCAUCCGCACCAGACCACGAGUGGGUACGCUGUGCUACUCAUUCUUUUCAACUACUAGCCAGCUUAAACCAGACGUUCCUUCAACAUACUGAUAACCUUCCAAAUAUAUCUUCGAACUCCUUCAUUCAUGACUUUUGAUUUGAGUGGGUUGGCAUACUUCGAUUCUAAGGGUGUUACUAGUUAAGGCGUUGUCAAACUCCGGAUACUUGUGGCAUCGUUAGUGGUCGGCCCGAUGCGAUCUGGUACACUAACUCGUAGACUGUCUGUUCCUUGUUGGGACACUACAUAUAACUUUUACACUUGGAUUUUUACAUACUGUGAUAUUUUUCUCUCGUUCAUUGGUAUAUUUAAUAUUCUUCAUGGUGGAACACACUCCUAAGUUAUUUAAGAUUAGAACCCUUUCGCCUCCCU